CAUUUGCUCCCAUUCUAACAGGAUUUUCUUCAACAAAAAGGACGAUCGUUUCACGUCUAAGGAUCAAUCCACGUACACCAACUGUGUAUAAUUUUUGCACGCUGCCUUCGGAGCUCAGAACCCUUAGCUGUCAACAAUGGCUUCCAUGGCCUUCUCCUCAGUUCUGUCAGCGCCUCUGCAUAGUUUGGCGCAGGCCAAGCUGCAGUUAAACUCCAAUUCUGCUUGUAUGGCGUUUCUUGAUUUGUCCAAUAGAGCAAGUUUUGGCUCGUCGAAAUCGACGUUUUUCCGAGAUGGGUUCUCGAGUUUAUCCCCAAUUCUGUCUGGGUUUUCCUUGAAGUCUCGAUCUUUUGCUACUGUUUAUGCCAGGGCUGCUACUGAGAAGACGAUACACGAUUUUACUGUCAAGGAUAUUGAUGGGAAGGAUGUUGCACUUAACAAAUUCAAAGGAAGGGUACUUUUAAUAGUAAAUGUUGCUUCAAGAUGUGGUUUGACAUCAUCAAAUUACUCAGAGCUCUCUCAUAUCUAUGAGAAGUACAAAACUCAAGGAUUUGAAAUCUUGGCGUUUCCUUGUAAUCAGUUUGGCGGGCAAGAGCCAGGAUCAAAUUCAGAAAUCAAGCAGUUUGCAUGUACACGAUAUAAAGCAGAAUUCCCAAUUUUUGAUAAGGUUGAUGUUAAUGGGCCAAAUACAGCUCCUGUUUAUCAGUUCCUGAAGUCAAAUGCUGGAGGGUUUCUCGGUGAUUUGAUUAAAUGGAAUUUUGAGAAAUUCCUAGUCGACAAAAAUGGUAAAGUUGUUGAAAGAUAUCCACCAACAACUUCCCCUUUCCAAAUAGAGAAAGAUAUUAAGAAGCUUCUUGCAGCAUGAAUUCCACAUAUGUCUACUCCUCUAGGACGAGCUUUUGUAUACCAGGAUAUGUUUUGGAUUUAUGCUGUCUUAUAUUGUACAUUUUCGUCGGACAUUGAAUAAAUGAGUGAUCGGAAAACAUUUGAAAUUUCUGUUCUACUAGUGUAUAUAUCUUAUUUGAAGCCGGAUAUCAGGAUAUGUUGUUGAUGUUCAAUCCAGAUUGGUUAUUUUUUAGUGAUCAGAAUGUGUUAAGACCAGUUGGAACUA